AUGGACGUUGGAGCCAAUGGACAGGAAAAUGUCGAUGCCAUUGAUACAGUUGAGAUCAUUACAGUGGAUGGGAGGCAUCAAAUUUUGUACAGAAGUGAUCUCGCGUUUGGGUACCGCAUGUCACCCUUUCAAGCGAUGCAAGAUUUGGCAGCAAUUGUGUCUGUAACAUUUCGUCUAUUGCCUUCAGCAUUAGCCAAUGAGCGUCAACAAGCAUACCUGAGAAAGAGGCGAUGGUCUCAGUCUGUGCGGGAACGAACUACUGGAUCGGUGUUCAGAAAUCCUCCUGGCAAGGGAGCUUCAGCAGGGGAGCUUAUUGAGAAGGCUAGACUGAAAGGCUUUAAAGUUGACAGUGCAGAGGUUUCCAAAGUUCAUGCUAACUUCUCCAUCAAUACCAGCUUUAGGUGCCAGAACCAUGUGGGUAUAAAAUGGCAAAACGACAACUGUUCCCAUAGAGAGAGGAGAAAAAAAGAAAGAAUAAUGGCCAUGGGGAGCGCUAUGCACCGCCGCUGUUCGAGAGCUUGA